CUUUCAGGAAAACGUAGAUUUGGGCUUUAGAGUUAGAUGGGAUCGAGCAGAAUCUAGCGCAUUAUUGAGGGAUGGUGCUUCCAAGUUUGUGUCACUUCGGUGUGUUGAGGAAGGGACCGGUCUUGCUGGAAAAAGUGAGACUGCGUGGUGUUUGGUAGCAAGAAAUACCAGGCGGUAUCCUGGCCGUUUCAGAAACCGCAGGAAAAGAAAGAGCCUGGCUUUGCAGCCGGGAGGGCAGGCAUUGGAUGGACGUUCUUGUAAUGUUUUCUUACUCUGGGAGAGUCCGUUUUUGUUUGUUUGUUUAUUUGUUUGAACUGUGGUAAGCACAUUGCGUUUUUGAUUCCCCAAACUUCAGGACAGUCACGUUCUGGCGAGGUUUAAGAAACAAACUUCCUUCGUCUUUAGCCAGUUUGCUUAACUUAAUCUGAGUUUGGGUUUCCAUUACUUAUCUACAGGAAUCGCCAUGACCCCAGCUCUGAGGGAGGCAACAGCAAAGGGUAUCGGCUUUUCAUCUUUGCCAAGUACCAUGGAGUCUGACAAGAUGCUCUACAUGGAAAGUCCAAGAACUGUAGAUGAAAAGCUAAAGGGAGACACCUUUUCUCAGAUGCUUGGAUUUCCAACUCCCGAAUCUACUCUUAAUACUAAUUUUGUGAAUUUAAAACAUUUUGGCUCCCCUCAGUCUUCAAAACAUUACCAGACUGUUUUUCUAAUGAGAUCUAAUUCUACAUUAAAUAAAUACAAUGAGAAUUAUAAACAAAAGAAAUUAGGGGAGCCCAGUUGCAAUAAGCUGAAAAACAUACUGUAUAAUGGCAGCAACAUUCAGCUUGGUAAAAUCUGUCUUUCUCAUUCUGAAGAGUUCAUCAAAAAGGAACCUUUAUCAGAUACCACGAGCCAGUGCAUGAAAGAUGUACAAAUUAUUUUGGAUUCAAAUAUAACCAAAGACACUAAUGUAGAUAAAGUACAACUACAAAACUGUAAAUGGUAUCAAGAGAAUGCACUUUUGGAUAAAGUUACUGAUGCUGAGAUUAAAAAGGGUUUAUUGCACUGUGCUCAAAAGAAAAUUGUAGCUGGCCACUCAAAUGUGUCUAUUAGUUCUUCAGCUGCUGAAAAAGAGGAGGAAGUAAAUGCUCGUUUACUUCAUUGUGUAAGCAAACAGAAAAUUUUACUUAGCCAGGCUAGAAGAACUCAGAAACAUUUGCAGAUGCUCCUGGCAAAGCAUGUUGUUAAGCACUAUGGUCAGCAGAUGAAAUUGUCUAUGAAACACCAACUCCCCAAAAUGAAGAUGUUUCAUGAACCUACCACAAUUUUGAGUAACAGUUUACCUAAAUGCACUGAAAUUAAGCCAGAAGUUAACACAUUGACUGCAGAGAAUAAAUUGUGGGAUGAUGCAAAAAAUGGCUUUGCACGGUGUACAGCUGCGGAAAUCCAAAGAUUUGCGUUGUCUGCUACAGGGCUGUUGUCUCAUGUUGAAGAGGGUUUGGAUUCCGAUGCAACUGAUAGCAGCUCUGAUGACGAUUUGGAUGAAUAUACCCUUAGAAAAAAUAUGGCAGUUAACUGUAGUACUGAAUGGAAGUGGCUUGUAGACAGAGCACGAGUUGGCAGCCGAUGGACUUGGCUUCAAGCCCAGAUUUCAGACCUAGAAUGCAAAAUCCAACAACUAACAGACAUUCACAGGCAAAUUCGUGCCUCCAAGGGGAUAGUGGUCCUAGAAGAAUGUCAGCUUCCAAAAGACAUUUUGAAAAAACAAAUGCAAUUUGCAGACCAAGCAGCUUCACUAAACAUUCUAGGGAAUCCUCAGGUUCCCCAAGAGUGUCAAGAUCCUGUACCGGAACAAGAUUUUGAAAUGUCACCAAGCAGCCCUACUUUACUUCUUCGAAACAUCGAAAAACAGAGUGCACAGUUGACUGAGAUCAUCAACAGUUUGAUUGCCCCUCUCAACUUGUCCCCAACUUCAUCACCCCUCUCUUCCAAAUCCUGUAGCCAUAAAUGUCUGGCUAAUGGCAUUUGCAGGAGUGCAUCAGAGAAUUUAGAUGAGCUGUCUUCCUCCAGUAGCUGGUUACUUAACCAGAAGCACAGUAAGAAAAAGAGAAAAGACAGGACAAGACUGAAAUCUUCAUCCUUGACUUUCAUGAGUACAUCAGCCCGAACAAGGCCACUUCAGAGUUUCCACAAACGAAAACUCUACAGAUUGAGCCCUACUUUUUACUGGACUCCACAGACUUUGCCUUCAAAAGAAACAUUUUUAAACACUACCCAAAUGCCUUGCCUGCAAUCAGCUUCAACUUGGAGUAGCUAUGAACGCAAUUCAGAGUCUUACCUAUUAAGAGACCAUGUAUCAGAGUUAGAUUCCUCUUUCCAUUCUGUUCUAUCAUUGCCAUCAGAUGUGCCUCUUCAUUUUCACUUUGAAACACUGUUAAAAAGGACUGAAAUAAAAGGCAAUCUUGCUGAAAAUAAAUUUGUAGAUGAAUAUAUCAUAUCUCCAUCACCUGUACAUAGUACUUCUCUGAAUCAAUGGAGAAAUGGAUAUUCACCUAUACGUAAGCCUGAAAUAAGGUCAGAAUCUUCUGCACAACUGUUACAGGGAAGAAAGAAAAGACAUUUGAGUGAAACAGCAUUAGGAGAAAGAAUUAAACUUGAAGAAUCUGAUUUUCAACACACAGAAUCAGGAUCCCAUAGCAAUUUUACAGCUGUUUCUAAUGUCAACGUUUUAUCAAGAAUCCAGAAUUCAUCAUCACGAAAUACUGCACGACGGAGAUUGAGAAGUGAGAGCUCUUAUGACAUAGAUAACAUUGUGAUUCCCAUGUCAUUAGUAGCCCCAGCUAAAUUAGAGAAACUCCAAUAUAAGGAAAUACUUACUCCAAGCUGGAGGAUGGUUGUUCUUCAGCCUUUGGAUGAAUAUAAUUUAGGCGAAGAAGAGAUAGAAGAUCUUUCUGAUGAAGUCUUCUCCCUAAGGCACAAAAAAUAUGAAGAGAGAGAGCAAGCCAGGUGGUCACUAUGGGAGCAAAGCAAGUGGCACAGAAGAAACAGCAGACCUUACAGUAAAAAUGUUGAAGGACAUGACUUGCUUUUGAAAGAAUACCCUAAUAACUUUAGUAGCAGUCAGCAAUGUGCUGCUGCAAGUCCUCCUGAGCUUCCUUCAGAGAACCAGGAUCUGUGUGCAUAUGGCUUACCUUCUUUAAAUCAAAGUCAAGAAACCAAGUCUUUGUGGUGGGAACGACGGACUUUUCCACUGAAGGGUGAAGACAUGGCAGCCUUAUUAUGUGAAGAUGAAAAAAACGAUCGGGUUGAAUGGUCAAGCACAGUUUUCCAUGGUGAAAUCUUCGGUACCAGUGUACCAGAGAAUGGCCACCAUCCAAAAAAGCAGUCAGAUGGAAUAGAAGAAUACAAAACCUUUGAUCUAGGACUUACUAAUGUUAAAAAAAAUAGGUGACAGGGAACAGGUUAAGAAAACUAUGUAAAUGUAGGAAAGAUGGGAGGAAAUAAAGCCCUGUUCUGGGUCUCCCAUCCCCUCCAGAAUAAGAGCAUGUUCUGCAUGUAUUAAUCUUUUAUGCUGUUUAUGAAACAGGCAAGAUAAGUCUGUUUUUCCUUCUGGAACCACAAGGGUAACCAGCUUUUCAUCUACAGACAAGUGGUAGUCAUUUGUGUUUAUCAUGCAACUUACAAACACCAAGAUAUUAAUUGCUGCAACUUGAUGUCAAAUCACCUUACUGGGUAAUUUUUAAGACUAUGUACCCACACCAUACAUACAUACACAUAUAUACAAACCUGUGCGCCAAGUGACAGCUAUUUUUUUAUAUACAUGGUAAUUCAUUAAAAUUGCCUUAAUAUUAGAAUAUACAAAUAUGUGUGUAUAAAAUAAACAUACACACACACAUCCCCCUAUGUAGUUUUUGAAACACUGGCAAUGACCGACUCCCCUUGGAAAUGCAUGUAUGAACUACCCUAUGAAAUGUAAGCUGCAGUAUAGAUAAAACACAGGUUUCCACUGAUAAAAGACAUCUGAACAUCUUGAAUAUAGAGAUUAAGUUUUUUGUUGUUUUUUUGUUUAACAUGUUUAACCAACAGUAGAAGUUAUUUACAGAAAUUUAUAUACCAGAUAACACAAAACUUCUUUAUCCAAAAUUAUUGAUCUCUUUGGGACUAAACACAGGCUACUUUCUGUUUACUCUUAACAAAAUAAGGCAAGCAAAUUUGAGUUAAAUAUUGGUGCAAUUUAAUACUAUCACAUCUUUGAAAACUCAAUUUGAGUUUUACCAAUUAAUGUGUCUCAUGAAGACACCAAUUUAAAAUGAGCCACAAACAGUGAAGUCCUAUCAGUAUAAAAUUUCAAAAAAAAAAAAUGAUUGUAUUUCUAGAUUAGCAAGAAAUUAGUAAUUCUGUCUGAUUUCUAUUUCUAGCUAAUUUGGUCAUUCUUUGCCAUAGCUUACUCUAUUCAAAUAGACAUAUAUUCUUGCUUGCAUCCUAGAUUGGGAAUUAAACAUUUUCAAAAAACAAAGCUUCAAUAUUUGGAUACUAAAGAGUAUAUAUGAAAGAAAAUUCCUUUUGAGGCUAUAAAACCAUUUUUUUAUAUGUGAAAGUUGAGGACAAUUUAUAUAAAUCACUUUUUGUCAUGUAAAAAGGUUAUUCAAGUUGUACUACCCACAUAACUGAAAAUAUUGGCCAUUUGGCCUAAUCUCUGAGAUUUGACACUAAGUUUUUGUUAGAGAUUGGAAAUUAUACUAGUCCUUUUAAGGGGUAAAAAAUCCAAAUUCAAUACUGACAAACUUUUGCUUGUAGUUUUACUGUACAUUUAUUUUUAAAGAAAAAGAAAACAAAAGCCAGACAAACCCAAGUUGUCCAGGCAAAUAAACUCAAAUCUUUGUCAUGUCUGAUAUUAUAAUCUUCUAUGUAAGUUUUUUAAUUAAAGUUAUUUCUAUAUACCUUGUGUUGCUUGUUAUUAAAUGCGACCUACUCAUGGCACAAAGCUUUCCUAAGCUGAAAUAAAAACAAACAUUAACAAAUUUUUACCUUGUAAUGGAGGAAGAAACCCAAGCAAGCUCUAGUCUAAGCUCAACUGUUAGCAUUCUUACUUUUUGAACCUUAUUUCUCAAAACUUAUAGUAGCCUCAAGAAGUCUAUUGAUACUGGUCCUGAUAUUUCUUGCCAUAUUUAUAACACAGCAAGAGUAUUUACAGGAAUGAAAUAGCUGACACAUAUUUUUAGACUCUCUAUAAUUCAAACAGUUAUAAAUACUUAGUUUAUGGAUUGACUCUGCAUCCUGUCAUCUUUUCGCCUACCUGAUCUUUCUUGGAAUAAAAUAAUAUAUCCUUGGUGUCAAGAUCCAUAGUUCCAGAAUAUUCUCAGCCAUCUGGUUCUGCUACAGUGUAAAAUUAGACUGGAAAUAAGACAAUGUUAAGUAAAAAGCUUCUUACCUAACCGACCUCCCAAGGGCUCCAUUUGUAAAAGUACAGACCAGAAAUUCUACCACUUCCUAGAUCCUUUCAGGGUACCAUCCUACUACUGAGCAUUAAUUUCUUCAUUUUUUAAAUGGGGACAAAAAUACCUCCUUUAUUAUUACCACUUACUUAUAGAGGUGAUUUACAGAUUUAAUGAGAAUAUAUCAAAGUACUUUAUAACUCAC